UUUUUGGACGUUGCCAAGGAGAUACGGUAUCAACAGACUGCACAGUGUUUUUCAGAGCUGUGUCAUUCAUAAAAUAGUUUGUCAGACAUGAGUCAGUUGCUGGGUAGUCAGGACUGUAUCGAAAGCCUCCGAAAAGACCUGGUUGACCUUCAGGGAGCGAUUCUGGACGUGUUUUCUCGAACCGGACCGCUCCGCUUUUCUUCCUGGAAGUUCCCGGACAAGCACUCCUGUAAUCUAGACAUGGUAGCUCUGCUAGAGCAGUAUGACUUUGUGGAUGGGGAAGAUGCGUUCAAUCAGCACUCCCACAUUGUUUUACUGGAGUUGGUGGUUGACAGGUAA